AUGGUCGCUUUUGCAAUUUUCAUUUUUUUGUUAUUGGAUUCUGUGAAAGUUUUCAACAUAAAGAGACAGCAUUGCACCUAUGACAAGGAAAAACUAUGCAAGCCGCUCUUGCAACUGCUUCUUAGCACCAUAUACUUUACCAUAUACUUUUUGCAUGGUGAUGUCACUUCAGUGCUUCCGCGUUUUCUUUUGAAGAAAAUUGCUACAUAUACAAAUGCAAGAACUACAUUGGAAGCGAGAAAAUGUAUCAAGAAAUGGGUUUUUAGAUCUGAUGCAGUCAUGGGUUUUUUCCUUGCUACAAAUGGCCUUUUGGUGCUAUACAUUACCAUCAAUCUUGUCAAGUUGUAUUAUGGUGACCAUUGCGAAGGCCUCUUGCUCUUCGAGGCAAUAAUUGACUAUGGUCUCGGUGGAUCUUCCAUGGCAUUUUUGGGAGAGUAG